GAGGACGACAGGACCUUUCCAUGCUUUCUCCCCACCCGUAACGCACGAUAAGAUACAUUGAACCCAAACAAUGUAUAGCAAAACCGUUCAAGGGGAUCUCCCUACCACUGAGCUUGCUCGUUGGCGUCUCAAGACAGAGGAUGGCCGUCAAACAUGGCAUUACCUUAAGACUGACGAGGAAGUUGCUGCAUGGCCUCAGUCUGUUGCCGAUAAGUACCAUCUCGGUCUCCCAACUGACCUCCCCAUAUUACCAACACCGGGUACACCCUUGGAUGCUGCACGAAAUGGCCUGUCAUUUUUCUCCAAGCUUCAACUCUCCGAGGGGCAAUGGGCAUGUGAAUACGGUGGCCCAAUGUUUCUUCUACCAGCAACUAUGAUUGCCUACUUUGUUACUAAUAGCGAAAUCCCGGAAGAGUGGAGGAUUGAAAUACAACGCUAUCUUGCUGCUCGGGCACACCCCGAGGAUGGAGGUUGGGGAUUACACAUUGAGGGCGAAUCAACUGUUUUUGGUACCGCUCUCAACUACGUGGUUCUUCGUAUCGUUGGGAUGUCACCAGAUCACCCCGUUUGUAUCAGGGCACGGAAGACACUUCAUUCUCUUGGAGGAGCCUUGCAAUCUCCACUGUGGGGGAAGGUCAUGCUAUCGUUGAUGGGAUGCUACAGGUGGGAGGGUGUGAAUCCAAUCCCACCAGAGUUGUGGCUACUGCCGAAUUGGGUGCCAUUUCAUCCCUGGAGGUGGUGGGUACAUAAUCGGCAAGUCUUCUUGGCUAUGUCCUAUCUCUACUCGUUGAAGAAGGCUCGGCCUGUUGAUGAUAUUACAAUCGCCCUCCGGAAAGAAUUGUAUGUUGAAUCCUAUGAUUCGAUUGAUUUCUCCCUACACAGGAACACGGUUGCCCCGAAGGACAUCUACCAUCCGCACACUAAGGCUUUGGAUGCGUUGAAUGAGAUCUUGGCGGUAUGGGGGAAAUGGAUUUGCCCCAGCAAACUGCAGGAGAUUGCUCGUAAUCACGUCUACAAACUCAUCAAGCUUGAGGACGAGAAUUCUGACUAUUGCUGCCUCGGGCCUGUGAACAAUCCCCUGAACUUUGUCGCGCGUUACUUCACAGAAGGCGAGAGCCAUGCUGUAAAUAUGCACCGGGAGACAAUUAAGGACUUUUUAUGGAUGAAGAACGAAGGGAUGUUGGCCAACGGUACUGAUGGCGUACAAUGUUGGGAUACAAGCUUUCUCAUUCAGGGUGUUAUCGAAUGCGGGUUCGGUGAAGAUCCCCAGUAUAGGGAUAUGCUUAUCAAGGCAUUGCAGUUUCUCGAUACUCAGCAAAUUAGGGAGGAGCCGAAGGAGAAGGAUUUCUCUUAUCGCCAGCAACGUAAAGGCGCCUGGCCAUUUAGUAAGAGGGCGCAAGGAUACACUGUCUGUGAUACCACCGCCGAGGGACUUAAAUCAGUUCUUCUACUUCAGGACGUCCCCGGUAUGCCAAAGUUGGUCUCUGACGAGCGCCUUCAAGAUAGUGUCGAAGUCCUUCUCACCAUGCAGAAUGCCAAUGGCGGAUUCGCCAGCUACGAACUUAUCCGUGCUGGCCCAUGGCUGGAAUCCCUCAAUGCUGCCGAAGUAUUCGGCCGUAUCAUGGUGGAAUAUCCGUAUCCUGAAUGCUCGACCGCAACCAUUAUGGGUCUUCAGCAGUUCGUCAAGACCUACCCCAAUCAUCCACGAAGGACGAGGAUUGAGAAUGUUGUUGGACGGACCGUCCAGUACAUCAAGAAGGCCCAGGAACCGGAUGGAAGUUGGUACGGGAGCUGGGGUAUUUGUUUCACGUAUGCCACUAUGUUUGCCACCGAGGCCUUGAAGAGCACAGGCGAAACCUACGAGAACAGCCCGACGAUGAGAAAAGCGGUUGAAUUCCUGUUGAGCAAGCAACGAGAUGAUGGGGGGUGGGGCGAGAGCUACAAGAGCUGUGAGACCGGUAUCUAUACCGAGCAUAAGGAGACCCAAGUUGUGAAUACUGCUUGGGCAGUGAUUGCUUUGAUGAACGCUGGAUACAAGGAGCGUGGGCCAAUUGAAAGGGGAAUCAAGUUGAUCAUGCGACGCCAACAACCGAAUGGCGAAUGGCUGCAAGAGGCGAUUGAAGGUGUUUUUAACAAGAGCUGUAUGAUCUCGUACCCGAACUAUAAAUUUACGUUCACUAUCAAAGCGCUUGGAAUUUAUGCUAGGAUCUUUGGCAAUGAGGUUUGUUAGGCGAGCAGCUGCGAGAUGCCAGCAAGAUAGUUUGGGAAAACAGCUGAAUCUAAUGGUUUAAUGGUGUUUGAAGGCUAUACCUCAGGGCUUGUAUGAUUUAUAUAGAUUAGCUAUUUCGCGAAGGCUUAACUUGCAAAGGAUAGAUUUUACCUUA